AUGGGCGAGGAGCUGUGUUCGGCCAACGGAUUGAAGCCAAAGAAUCGGAUUGACUACCUUCGCGCGUGUGCUCGCGCACACGCGUUGCGGUUUGACGGCACUACACAAGCGACAGACGCAGAACGUGCUGUCCAGCUGGUCGAGGAGGCAGAAUCCCUCCCCAUCGACCCUUCUUCCGUCAACUCGGACCUGCUUAUUUGGCAUGGUCGUGCUUUGUUUUACCUGUACGAAGCGAGGGGCGAUUUUCGGCGACUGCAGGAGGCGAUCAGGUGCCUGACGUGCACCCUAGUCGAGCUGGACGAUGCUUCAGGCUGCCGGCCACUCUGUUUGCUGUUUCUCAGCGAGGCCCAUCGAAGCCGACAGGACACUUUGAAUGAGCGGAGCGAAGUGGAAAAAAUUCUGACAUAUGCUGAGAAGGCAGUCGCACUGGCUACAUCGUUUGAUCCCCGCCGACCGCGAUAUCUCAACGCCCUCGCUAUUGCGUUGCAGCGAUAUUCAUUGUCACAUUCACAAGAGCCUACUGCGCUACAUCGCGCAAUCACCGUCGCACAAGAAGCACUACAAUGCGUACGCGAGGACGAUCGGAGAUACACCGCCGUGUUGACAACGACUUCGAAUGGUCUCCGAAAUCGAUAUCACCUUUGGGGCGAUUAUACGGACAUCGACAACUGCGUCCAGAUCCAGGAGAAAUCUUUGCGCCUUCGGCCUCCCCAGCAGAAAGGGUAUAACGCUGCCGUAUACAAUCUUUGCUUGAGUCUGAUAUACCGCUUCCGAAGCAAUGGGUCUCUACAUGACAUCGACCGCUCGAUCGCCCUGAUGAGAGAGAGGUGCUCGAACAUCCCUAGUACACUGAACAUGCACGCCAAUUUCGUCAAUAUUCUAUCAGUUGGCUUCUUAGAAAGGUGGUACCAUUUCACCGCCCUCUCAGAUUUGCAGGAAGCGCUUCGCCUUUGCAAGGAUGUAGUCGAAAAAAUGUCCGGAGGUGGUUAUUUGGCGAACGUUGGCGUAUGCUACUACGAACUCUACCUUCACGAUAGAAAGGUCGAAGAUUUGGAGAGUGCGAUAGACUGGAUGACCAAGGCAGACGCACGCCGCGAAAGCAUUUACGAUAUACCCGAACACCUUCUCGCGUAUGGCAAAGCAUUCAUAUCGCGUGCUCAACUUUUCCAUCAAUGUGACGACUGGAAAGAGGGUCUAAAGCACCUGCGCUCGGCUGUCGAACAUUCGCCGUCAGGUCACAAGCGAAGAGGUCAGACAUUAAUGGCUUUAGGAAGUGCCCUCCUUUCGUCAUACAAAAUUGAGCAGAACAAGGAUUACUUGGACGAGUCCCUUCAACUCCUGUCCGAUUGCCUGGAACAUGUUGCGUCCGGGGUGGAGAAGACAAAGUGCUGCCUCUUGCUUGCAGAUGUGUUGGAAGAGUCCAGCACCAUAUCGAAGCCACCGACCUACCCUUCAGAAAUUGUCACACUUCUCGAGCAGGCGGCUUCCGACUCCCAAGCACUGUUUGCUGACCGUUUCAAGGCUGCUCUGAAAUUGGCCAGUCUUGCACAGGAGAAUAGUCUACUGGAAGAAGCGUACCGCGCGUAUGCACUUGCAGUGUCGCUUCUGCCACGAGUGGCCUGGCUCGGCUAUGGAAGAGAUAUGAGACUCCAGGAGCUCCGCUCUCGUGCAGGGACUUUAGCAGUGGACGCUGCUGCUGCGGCCAUCGCCGUAGGGAGGUAUGACAGAGCUUUGGAGCUGCUGGAGUCGGGGCGUGGCAUCUUCUGGCGGCAAUUACUCCAGCUGAGAACCGAAGUCGAUGAAUUACAGGAUACCGCACCCAAGUUGGCACAAGAAUUGCAAGAUGUAGGACGAGCCCUCGAGGCAGAUGUACCAAGCUCGGGUGGAUCAGAGAACGAGCAUUUAUUGCAGCGACAUCGACGACUUGCCGAACGAUGGGAACAGCUCGUCACCGAAGUCCGGAAACUGCCAGGCUUCGAGGAUUUCCUGCAAGCCACCAAGUUCUCCCAGCUUUCCGAAGCUGCAAAAGACGGGCCAGUCAUAGUAAUCAACGGCAGCACCACACGGGUGGAUGCUAUCAUUCUCACACCGGAUCAUCAAAACUAUCACUGUGCCUUGCCUGGAAUCCAAGCACGGUUAGCAAUUCAGUUGGCCGAAUUCUUACGGCAUGGCCUCAAUGUGCCGAAGGACCAACGUGGGCUUUCAUUCAUGGAAUACGUGGUUCGAAGCGUUUUGGAUCGCCUUCGACACACAAUUGUUGCCCCAAUACGAAACGCAUUGAAGUCCAUCUACCGGGAUCACCUUCCUCGCCGAAUAUGGCUCUUACCUACGGGACCCUUUUGUCUCUUGCCUAUCCAUGCGGCAGGCUUCUCCUCCGACGCAAGCUCAGGGAGUGAUGAUAUUGUUUGCUCUUACACUGCAACGUUAGGGUCCUUGAUCCGAGCACGCAAGUCGCUCCGAAACAAGCACCGGGACCUUCGGAUACUUGCAAUCAGCCAACCAUCGACUCCAGGUCAGGCACCAUUGGUCUGCUCAAGGGAGGAAACACAGAUUGUUAGGGCCAUACCAUUUCAUGCAAAUACCACAUGCCUCUUUGGAGACGAAGCAACAGUAGUCCGUGUUUGUGAGCAACUUCGGAAUGCUGAUUGGGUGCACCUGUCUUGUCACGGCAACAGCAAUGCAGAAAAUCCACUGCUAAGCAGUUUCCGAUUCUUUGAUGGACCCCUGAGUCUUUCAGACAUCUCGAAAUUGCGCCUUCCCCACGCGGAUUUUGCGUAUCUGUCGGCUUGUCAUACAGCCCGACCGGCUGGAGAAUUGCCCGACGAAUCACUCCACUUGGCAUCAGCAUUGCAACUGGCGGGGUUCAAGAGCGUGAUCGCUACCCAAUGGGGUAUCGCCGAUAAGGACGCACCGAUCGUUACAAAGGACGUUUAUGAAUAUAUAUUUGCAGAUGGUCAAGGUGAUUUCCGGUCCUCUGCGGAGGCGCUACAUGCAGCUGUCAUGCAUUUGAGGCGUUGUGGACUACCGGCUAUACGUUGGGUACCAUUCGUUCAUCUUGGGAUGUAG